UCGCUCUCGUUACCUUGACGCCGCAGUGACCGAGUCAGAGUCAGGAAACAAGCUGAUCCGUGCCGUGCCGCGGCUGCAGUUCAACGCGGAGCUCGACCCGGUGUCCGCACACAGAGCUCAGCUUUUUUUCAUCUGAGGAUGGAGGAACACAUGAAGAGGACAUCCACAGCCUGAAACAAAAACCAGCGACACGGAUAAAACGCCCAGAAUUCAGGCGGGAAUCAUCUGGAACCGUCCGUUAGGAGUGAAGGUAGACCUGUCAUGGGUGUCACGGUGCUCCCGGGCAGGUAGCCCGGCUAGCCGCUCAGCUAGUCACGCAGCAGGAAGCUAACUUAGGUAGCUAGCAGCUGCUGCACCUCACUCACCAGCUAACCAACUAACUAACAAGUAGUUUUAGAGACGGCACCGAGAAAACGGCUCGGCAUGGACCAUCCUCACCCUGCAGAUGAUAAACUGUCCCAGUGAGCGAGCAUAAACCGCCCUUUUUAUUGUCUUCAAGGAGAAACUAGUGGCUGCUGGGUGCUGCAGGGCUGAUUGACAGCUUGUCACAACGGCUUUCCCAGAUGUGGAGCCGGAGUGAGGAGUGCAGCUAGGCUCUGAGUUAGCUAGCCCACAGCCGCAGCACUGGCUGCCGACAAGGAAUGGCUGGCUGGAACAAACUCCUGAGCGGACACUCAACUAAAAAAAAAAGCUGCAUCGACCGAGCGAUGAAUUUCAUUCUGGCAGCGAGGUGUCACUGAGGUCGACACUGACACGUUGAGCCAGCCAGCUAACUGAAGUUACCGAGAGGAUCCAGCCGCAGCACAGCGGGCUCUCAGCUGGGCCGAACCCGCACUCAGGGAGGGUUCGCUCUGUUUCACCGCUCGGUGAGAGAUGAAGAGGUCGGAGAAUAAAAACAAGAGGAAACUCUGUAACAUGGAGCAGCAGGAGAGCGGGGGAGAGGAGAAGGAUGCGAAGGAGUUUGCAGCUCCCCCUCCUCUCCUCUUCAGGAAGCUGAGUAAUCCCGACCUGUCGCCCGCAGCAACCGCCGCCACGAAAUCCAAACUGCACCGACAGCUUAGCCAGGAUGAGAGCCGGGCCCGACGCAGCAGCAUGGCCAUGACCGGUAAGCAGCUGCUGCCUCUGUCCAGCAGUCUGCACGCAGGGGUGAGUCAGCUGGCCUGGCAGGGGCCCUCUGGAGCCUUUGGAGGGCCGGGGGCCGUCGGGGGAGCAUCUGCAGGAGGAGGGGAGGUCAACAACCUGGUCCGCAUGAGGAGCCAGACCUUGGGACAGUCUGCUCCAUCACUCACCGGACUGAAGGAGCUGAGCCUUCCCAGGAGAGGCAGUUUAAUCUGGUCGCCGGCUCAGCUGCGUUGCCACGGCAACAGCAGCCUCCUCCAGCACCUGCUGUCCCCAAACUCCUUUCAUCCCUCCGUCGUUCAGCCCCCCGUCCUCACCCUCUCUCCCUCCUCUUCCUCCUGGUCCUCCUCCCCCUCUCCCUCCCUCUGCUCCUCUGACGGCCCUCUGUCAGCCCCCGUUCACCACCGAGGAAACCCCUUCCUCUGGAGCUGUCGGACGAGCAACAGGAAGAGCCUGAUUGUGACGUCCAGCACCUCCCCCACCCUGCCACGACCACACUCACCUCUGCAUGGACACACAGGUACCAGCCCACUGGACAGCCCACGCAACUUCUCCCCCAACACAGCUGCACACUUCUCCUUUGUUCCUGCACGCAGUCACGGACACAGGGCUGACAGGACGGACGGUAGGCGCUGGUCUCUGGCCUCGUUGCCUUCCUCUGGCUAUGGCACCAACACUCCCAGCUCCACCGUCUCGUCCUCCUGUUCAUCUCAGGAGAAGCUGCACCAGCUGCCCUUCCAGCCCACGCCGGACGAGCUGCACUUCCUCACCAAGCACUUCAGCUCCGAGAGCAUCACGGACGAGGAGGGACGACGCUCCCCCGCCAUGAGACCGCGGUCCCGCAGCCUCAGCCCCGGGCGCUCGCCUGUCUCCUUUGACCAUGAGAUUGUGAUGAUGAACCAUGUGUACAAGGAGAGGUUCCCCAAGGCGACGGCUCAAAUGGAGGAGCGUCUGGCUGAGCUGCUGUCCUCCUCGGCCCCGGAUAAGGUGUGCCCGCUGGCCGACGGGGUCCUGAGCUUCAUCCACCAUCAGCUGAUAGAGCUGUCCAGAGACUGCCUGGAGAAAAGCAGAGAGGGCCUCAUCACCUCCCGCUACUUCUACGAGCUCCAGGAGAACCUGGAGAAGCUGCUGCAAGAUGCUCACGAGCGCUCAGAGAGUGUGGAGGUUACCUUCGUCACACAACUCGUCAAGAAGCUGAUGAUCAUCAUCGCUCGGCCUGCGCGCCUGCUGGAGUGUCUGGAGUUUGAUCCUGAGGAAUUCUACCACUUGUUGGAAGCAGCAGAGGGCCAUGCCAAGGAGGGCCAGGGCAUCAAGUCCGACAUCCCCAGAUACAUCAUCAGCCAGCUGGGCCUCACCAGGGACCCCCUGGAGGAAAUGGCCCAGCUGAGCAGCUAUGACAGCGGGAACCCAGAAACCCCAGAGACUGACGACUCAGUGGACAGUCGAGGAACCACAGUCCCAGCAGCUCCACCACAGACCAAAACCAAAACACCCAGAGAGGAAGACUUUGAAAACAUCAAGCUCAUCAGUAACGGAGCCUACGGUGCUGUGUUUCUGGUGCGUCACAAAGAGACCCGGCAGCGUUUCGCCAUGAAGAAGAUCAACAAGCAGAACCUGAUCCUGAGGAACCAGAUCCAGCAGGCCUUCGUGGAAAGAGACAUCCUGACGUUCGCUGAGAACCCGUUUGUCGUCUCCAUGUUCUGUUCUUUUGAGACCAGGAGGCACCUCUGCAUGGUGAUGGAGUACGUGGAGGGUGGAGACUGCGCCACGCUGCUGAAGAACAUCGGAGCUUUGCCCGUCGAUAUGGCUCGAAUGUACUUUGCAGAGACCGUCCUCGCGUUGGAGUAUCUUCACAACUACGGCAUCGUCCACAGAGACCUCAAACCUGACAAUCUUCUCAUCACAUCCAUGGGACACAUUAAGCUGACGGACUUCGGUCUGUCAAAGAUCGGUUUGAUGAGUUUGACCACAAACCUGUAUGAAGGACACAUAGAGAAAGACACCAGAGAGUUCCUUGAUAAACAGGUGUGUGGUACUCCAGAAUACAUCGCCCCCGAGGUCAUUCUGCGUCAGGGCUACGGGAAGCCGGUGGACUGGUGGGCAAUGGGAGUCAUCCUGUACGAGUUCCUGGUGGGCUGCGCUCCUUUCUUCGGAGACACACCAGAGGAGCUGUUUGGUCAGGUCAUCAGUGAUGAAAUCAUCUGGCCAGAGGAGGAUGAAGCUCUGCCUCAGGAGGCUCAGGACCUCAUCUCCAAACUGCUGAGACAGAAUCCACUGGAGAGACUGGGCACAGGAAGUGCCUUUGAGGUGAAGCAGCACCCGUUCUUCACGGAGCUGGACUGGAACAGCCUGCUGAGACAAAAAGCCGAGUUCAUCCCUCAGCUGGAGUCUGAAGACGACACCAGUUACUUUGACACUCGCUCCGAUCGGUACCACCACGUGGAUUCAGAGGAGGAGGACGACACCAACGACGAUGAACAUGUGGAGAUUCGACAGUUCUCCUCCUGCUCGCCUCGAUUCAGCAAGGUGUACAGCAGCAUGGAGCGUCUGUCUCUGCACGAGGAGAAGAGGACUCCUCCUCCCACCAAACGCAGCCUCAGUGAGGAGGGAGGAGAUCGUAUCGACAGCCUGAGUGGACUCAAGUCCAGAGAUCGAUCCUGGCUGGUGGGAUCUCCAGAGAUCCUGAGGAAGCGUCUGUCUGUUUCGGAGUCGUCCCACACAGAGAGCGACUCCAGCCCGCCCCUGACGGUCCGGAGGCGCUGCUGCUCCGCCAUCAUUGAGAUGCCACGCUUUGCCAUCUCCUCUGAGGAGGAAGGAGGCCAAGGGCAAGGUGCAGCUGGAAGUCGGAAGAGUCCCAGCCUGCUCGGUCCGAGUGCAGUGAGGGGCCCGCGGAGUGAUGAGCUGCCCCUCGCCAUCCCAGAGCUCCCAGUGGAGAGAGAGCUGAAGCUGGACGAGUCUCCCAGCACCCCGAGCUCCACCUCCAGUCAGCUGAGCAAGGCCACGCUCACACCGGGCAGCUCAGGCGAUGUGUGUGAACGUGGUAACGGCAGUAACGGCGGUGCCAGUGGAGCUGCUAAAGGCGCAGCAGACAGCGACUCUCCAUCGACUCCGAAAGCCAUCAGCGACCUGGCAGCUCGCAGGGCUCGCCACCGACUGAUGUCUGGAGACACAGACAAACACACGACGACUCCGAGCUCCAGACCGCUCAACAAGGUCAUCAAGUCGGCCUCGGCCACCACGCUGUCACUGAUGAUCCCUGCAGACCACCACGGAGCCUCUCCACUGGCCAGCCCCAUGUCACCCCACUCGCUGUCGUCCAAUCCAUCAUCACGGGACUCCUCUCCGAGCCGGGACCUGUCCCCGGCCGUGAGCAGCGUCAAACCCGCCAUCGUGAUCCACAGAGCGGGCAAGAAGUACGGCUUCACCCUGAGAGCGAUCAGAGUCUACAUGGGAGACUCUGACAUCUACACCGUGCAUCACAUGGUCUGGCAUGUGGAGGAGGGGGGUCCGGCCCACGAGGCUGGGCUGAGGGAGGGAGACCUCAUCACCCACGUCAACGGAGAGCCGGUCCACGGUCUGGUUCACACCGAGGUGGUGGAGCUCAUACUGAAGAGCGGAGCUAAAGUGUCCAUCUCUGCCACCCCGUUUGAGAACACGUCCAUCAAAGUCGGCCCCGCCCGAAAGACGAGCCACAAAUCCAAGAUGGCGAGACGCAACAAGAAGACCAAGACCAAGGAGGGGCAGGACAGUAAGAAGAGAACGUCUCUGUUCAGGAAGAUCACCAAGCAGGCGUCUCUCCUCCACACCAGCCGCAGUCUGUCCUCUUUAAACCGCUCCCUGUCCUCAGGGGAGAGCGGCCCUGGCUCACCAACACACAACCUGUCGCCACGGAGCCCGACGCAGGGCUACAGGUCCACUCCAGACUCCACCCACUCAGUUGGUGGAAACUCGUCCCAGAGCAGCUCCCCCAGCUCCAGCGUCCCAAACUCCCCGGCGAGCUCCGGCCACAUCCGGCCCAGCUCCCUGCACGGCCUCGCCCCGAAGCUCCAGCGCCAGUACCGCUCCCCCCGACGCAAGUCUGCAGGCAACAUCCCCCUCUCCCCUCUGGCCCGCACACCUUCUCCCACGCCUCAGAGCAGCUCGCCUCAGCGCUCUCCCUCCCCGCUGCCCAGCCACGCCCUGGGACAGUCCGCCGUGGGCCAGUCAUUCCCCGUGAAGCUCCACUCCUCCCCUCCCCUGGUGAGGCAGAUAUCCAGGCCCAAGAGCGCCGAGCCUCCGCGCUCUCCGCUCCUCAAGAGGGUGCAGUCAGCCGAGAAACUGGCCGCCUCCCUCUCUAACUCCCCCUCGUCUCCCUCCGGGGUGGCAGCGGCGGGGGAGAAGAAACUGGCAGUGGGAGCAGCUGUAGGGAGCCGAAAACACAGUCUGGACAUCUCACACUCAGAGUUUAAGAAGGAGAUUCUGCAGAGGGAGCCGAGCCUGCAGAGCCUCCAGGAAUCAGCCAGCGAGGGUCUGCUGUCCUCAGCAGGACGGGGUGUGGAGAAGGGCAGCCUGCAGAAACACUCCUCCUCAUCCAGGAAGUUAGGACGUCAGGAAGGGGACAGUGCCCUGAUGGCGGUGUCCGGCUCUCUGGGCCUGGCCCCCGGGAAGAGCAAACUGAAGGACAAACUGUCGGCCAUCCGACAGGACAGAGCCGAGCGCAGGGAAUCGCUGCAGAAGCAAGACGCCAUACACGAGGUCGAUUCAUCUGAGGACGAGACAGACGAGGGCUCAGAGGACAGCCAGGACGGACGCAGGGGGACGACCUUCACCCCCCCUCCCCUGCUGAGGCCCACCACCGUGAGAACGGGCCCCGGAGGCACUCUGCCGUCCCUCUGCCUCUCCCCCUGCACCCCCCACGCUACAUUCACCCACACAGGGCCCUCGCAGGUAGGCAGACCCGCCCCCUCGCACACCCCCUCCGUUACAGAGACGAAGCCCAGUCAGAGCACCUCCUCUCCCGGACUAAAAGACGGAAGCUCUGCCUCAUCCACGGAAGACGGCGUUAGACAAGAGAGGAAACUUCUGGAGCAGAGCGGUGCCACAAAACCCUCUCAGGGCCCCCUUCCCUUCUCCACUCCAGGCAGUGCGUUCAUCUCAGUCGGCAAGGACACUUUCCUCAAGCCGGCUCCUCCGCAAGACACGAAGAGUCUCAGGGGGAAAACUGGUCUGUCAGAGUCCAGGGCUGAAGACCGAGCCCAGGACAGCCCCAGAACCACAGUCCCAUCUACCACAGUCACUACAAGCACCUCUGACUACAGAACAACCACGAAUACCACAGACUCCAGAACUACCACAAGUACUACAGACUGCCAGACCACUGACAGCCGCGAGACUCCCCGCACCUCCUGCUCCUCUCCAGGGAUCCCCAAGGAGAAGAAGGAGGCCGACAACCGGAGACUCUGUGCAGCUGCUGCUGCUGCAAGUCUGAGUGCAUCGUCGUCAUCCACCUCCAGCUCCAACUCAAGUUCAAGCUCCCCAGUUCCACCUGCCGAGAGUGGCGUGGACAAAGUCGUGUCCCAGCUGGCGAUAGUAGCUAAGAGUGUUCUUGGUCCAGUCAAACUCAGCACAGCUGCAGAUAAGAGCCAGAAAGACCAGAAACCAUCCAGAGGUGGAGUCGCAGAAGCCCCACCAACUGACCCUCCCUCAUUCCCCCCCAAACAGCUUCCAGCCCCUCUGUCGCCUCACCUUUCAGAGUCCCCAACCAGACAGAAAACUGAGCGAGUUGCCUCACCGACCACCUCGCAGAGAUCGGCCAAACCCUCAACCCAAAAAGACUACCCAGCCCCAGCUCCACCAUCCUGCAAGGACGUCCCAGAAAGACCCACAUCAGGGUCUGCAGGAAGGGACGCUGCCACCUCUGCAUCUGCACAGCGGCUGGGUGCAGCAGCAGCAGCUCCACCUGCCCUUAGCACGAGCCUCCCCGUCUCUGCAGCAUCUGAGCCACAGCGCAAGAGGUCCGAACCCCAGACGACAGCUGCCACCGCCGCCGCCGAAGCCACGUCCGCCUCCUCGCAACAAGACAAAGCAACCAGCAAGAAGACGUAGCAGCAAAACGCAAAAGAACCAGAACAAAAUGUACAGAUCACACCACUCAGUGCUGGCUUGAGGUUUUACAACUCACACAAACUGCAUGUUUGGAAGAAAACAACAUAUUAGUUCCUUCGCACUAACCAGAGAGUUUCAAAGCAACAGAGAGGUGUAGAGAGACAGAGAGCUGUCAGAAGCAGAGACAGUUCCAUUCCAGCUGUUCUGUGCUCUUUAUGUUCCUGUGAGUUCGUUUGGUGUCCUGACGCUUUGGUUCCUGCUUUCAGACUAAACUCCACGAGGAGUCGGCGUUCUUUCUCUUUCUGCAAACAUGUAAGGGGCUGGAAAUAAAGAGCUCAGUGGUCCGUGCACAUACACUUUUAAAAUGUAGACACGUUACACACAGCUUUCUAACUCGUGGUCUUCUUCUGCUGCCUCAUUAACUUUCACCUUGAUGUUCAGUAGAGCCUACACACACGUUCCUCACAGUUCAGGACGUGCCUAACCAAACACACAAUUUCCCUCUUCCCAUCCCUCCUCGCCCAACAGAAUCUACUCAGCCGAGACUGGAGAAAGAUUGUAUCUCAGCAAUAAAGUCCAGCGUAUGUUUAGCAAUCUGUGUAAAUGCAUUACAGUGUGUUUAAUAGGAGUAAAUCUGCACCGUCUACGAACACUCAGCACCCAACUAACUAGGCCAAAUUAAAUCUUCCUCUCGCUCUAGUCCCUGAUGAUCCGACUCUGCAGGUCUUGUGAAGGGGAGAUUUGUUCCCUGAGCACUGACUCCAGGCAUGGUUCAGCGAUUUGAGGAGAUUCCUUUUAAUACCACAGUUGGAUUAAAUUAGGGUCUGAGUAUUAGACUAGAGAAAUGAAAGGUGCAGUCAGACUCCACAGUUUAAAUCUGAAUAAUAACGAUCUGUAAGUUACACACUUCCCCCUGAACAGUUUAGCUAACUCACAGUUAGUGUCAGCUUGAUUUUCAAGUAUCUGAAAAACACUGACUGCCUGGGAAGUAGGGAGAAUUACAUCUAGCUCCACAUGUGUCUGUUAGCUAAGAUGCUAUAGGGUUUGUUUCAGGCUGGGAAAUGUCCAGAUUUUCUCUGAUCUGAUGAUGACAAAUCUCUGCUUCACUAACAGUUUAAAAAGACAAAUGUUGCAGCUGAAAGCCAGAGCUAAAUGUGCCCACUAAAGGAUUUGGAAAAACUUUGGAGCCAUCCUCUUUGAAUCCAAAAUGAAGCCAAGGAUUUAAAUAAUCAAUAAUCAAACGUGGAUCUGUCGGACCACCACCUUUUUAUUUCCGGUCCCAUCAGCCCCUGCAGGCUGCAGUAGUUUCAUUUGGUAUCUGGACCAACUUGCUGUGUUUUUGCCUCUAAUCCUGUGAAGUUAUCACACUUUACUUUGUAUCUGUGUGUGUGUGUGUGUGUGUGUGUGUGUGGGGGAGAGUGUUUGUUCAUUUGUGCAUGGUUAUGUAUAUAUAUAAGAAUAUUUAAAGUUCUGUUGUGCAUCUGUUUUAUACCCUGAGCGUGUGUGUGAGUAUGUGUGUGUUUUAGGGUUAGGACGCCCUGCUACCUGUGUGUGUGUGUGUGUGUGUGUGUGUGUGUGUGUGUGUGUGUUGAGCGUCAGGUUCAGCACAAACUUUAAUGUCAUUUGUCUGAAAAAAAGACAAAUAAUCACUAAAAGGAAAGUUGGUGGUGUUUGACCACUGACUCGUGUGUUGGGUUGGAGCUUCAGUAGGUAAAAACAAAAUGCAGUCAGCCUUUUUAAUUCAAUUCCUCCCGUUGUUUUGUUGUUGUUUAUUUCCUCCUGUGUUGUCCUGACGACAUCCCUGAUUCCUACAGUACGUUUUAAAGCGAGAAACAGUUUGCAGAUUUUUUUGUUUUUGUUUGGUUUGCGUCACAUUUCGAAGAAAGCCCCACACCGAGCCCGACCCAGGUGUGCAUGUGAGUCCGCUCGUGUUGUACAUUUAAACGUUUCCCUGCUGUGUUUCCAAAAAAGCAGGUCGACGUUCUUCUUGUGAGUUUAAGAUGAACUAAACCUCCCUCAGUGUUUGGUGUCUUUGCUGAGUGUGUGUCACCGUUCACACACUCCAGUUUGAUUAAGAGCUCGUUUCAAAAGGACACUGUUAAACUGACAUCAACACUGACUCUGUAUUAUGUUUACAUGUUGUUUCUUUUUGUGUUUCUUUUUUUGUCAAUGGAACUUGUUGCCUGUAGCAAUCAAACCUCCUCUGACAGGCUGUCCA